GCCGGCGGGAUGAAGGGUGGCCAUGGUGGCGGUGGGCGUGGGUAGUGGGCGGCAUGGAGUCUUGUGUGUCGCAGCACUACGUUACCCGGCGCCACUCCUGCCCAUGGGCGAAUACGUCCAGGUGCCUCCCGACAUGGGCGGCCACCCGUGCACCCCCGCGAUGAGCUCGUACCUGGAGUCGCUGCCCCCGGGCGUGGGCAUGCCGGAGUACCCUUGGAUGAAGGAGAAGAAGACGGUGAGGAAGCCAGCCCAGCAAG